CUCGUUCCUUCGCUCUUCCUGCACUGCACGUAUUGUAUCGUCUCAGAAGCAUCUUGAACAAUGGGCUUUGGCGACUUGAAAACCCCUGGCGGCCUCAAGGUCCUCAACGACUUUUUAGCCGACAAGAGCUACAUCGAGGGGUGGGUGCCCUCCCAGGCCGACGUGGCUGUGUUCGAUGCAAUCCCCUCAGCCCCCUCAACAGUCCAGUGCCAUGCUCUUCGCUGGUACAACCACAUCAAGUCAUUCCAGAACCAGAAGGGCAGUUUGCCAGGAGUAAAGAAGCCCCUGGGCCAGUAUGGUCCUUCUGGGGUGGAGGACAACACAGCUGCAGACUCAAAGGAUGACGACGAUGACAUGGACCUGUUUGGCUCUGACGACGAGGAGGACGCAGAGGCAGAAAGGCUGAAGGAGGAGAGAAUCGCAGCUUACGCCGCCAAGAAGUCAAAGAAGCCCACACUCAUCGCCAAGUCAUCGAUCCUGCUUGAUGUGAAACCGUGGGAUGAUGAGACGGACAUGGCCAAGCUGGAGGAGUGUGUUCGCAGCAUCUCAAUGGACGGCCUGCUUUGGGGACAGUCCAAGCUGGUACCAGUGGGCUAUGGCAUCAAGAAGCUGCAGAUCGGGUGUGUGGUAGAGGACGACAAGGUGGGAACAGACCAGCUGGAGGAACAGAUUACAGCCUUUGAGGACUACGUCCAGUCUAUGGAUGUAGCUGCCUUCAACAAGAUCUAAAACGCAAAACACUUACCAACAAAGACACUGAGCACUUUGGAGCUGUAAUAAAACGCACUUCAUAUGGAAAAUGUUUGUUAGUUACAUAUUCUGACAAGUGGUUCUGCCUGGUUUAUGUAGCUUUUGAGUAAAGACUUGGGUGUUUAGGUCAAACUCGGCUGGUGAAUUGCUUUCUGAGGGUCCUGAAUGUGCUGAAAUCACUGCCAUUUCCGGGUUGCUAAAAUGGGUUGUGUAGAGAUUCAUUGUACAUUCUAAACUGCUGAAAUGUAGUAAAACACAUUGUAUUUUCA